AUGGCAGGUGUCCAGCAGCCGCAGAUGAAGCCUGAGGGCAAAGGUUGGGGCGGUAGCUCUUGGGGCGGUAGCCCCUGGGCCGGCAACUGGGGAAAGGGCUGGGGCAGCAAGGGCUGGGGCUCCAAAGGCGGAUUCUUUGGUGGUCUCAAAGGUGGCAUGAAAGGCAGCUGGGGAAAAGACAAGGGAAAGAGCAAGAUGAAGUGGCCAAGCGGCCCAAAUCUUUCGCGGGCACGAAUAUCCACAGAGCCGGUCACAGGCGAGGUGGUAGAAUGGAAAGGCAAAUACGGCUGGAUAAGACCAACAGUGCCCGUGGAACAUCCCAUGGCAGAGAAACAUAAGGGAAACAUCUACGUCAGUAUGAGUGACCUCCAGGGCGGUCUAGAGGCCUUGACAGUGGGCAGCCUCUGUCAGUUCCACCUCUUCCAGGAUGCCAGCGGCCUGGGAGCCGAGGAGGUCAUCGGCUCAUAG